AUUUUGCGUAAGGGAAUCUGAUCAAGGAUGUGUAAAUCUGGACAGCCAAUCACGUUUCUGCUGUUUUGCCUAUUCGGCUCAGCUACCUCAUCCCCUGUUUCCACUUACACACCUGCUCCACCUCUUCCAUCACAAAUAUCACCUCCGUCUCCCUCCCCAACAAUCCUCCCAUCUCUGCUGUCUCCUUUUCUCAGUGCUCCACCUCCCCUCCCUCUCCUUGUCAGCAACUCUGUUGAGUCAACAAAGGAAGUCCGCUGCCCUCUGACGAUGUCACCCUCCAUUCUCGUGGUCAGGUUUGAAGAUCCCGUUACAGCUAACUGCUCUGUAUCCACGAUGGCUUUUUCUGGUCUUGGUUGGGAAGUCUCGCUGGCACCUCCUGAAAUAACUAUGGAUCAUUUUCUGGUCUGGAGUGUGGACAGUAUGACUGAAUGGAGCAUCAAGCCUACGUGCUACGCAUUAUCCGAACAGGGAGGCCAGUGCCACAUUCAUCUCCCUCUAAUAGUCUACAAGCCUCCUGAUAGUGUGUCCAUCAGCUUUGUUAAUCACAGUGGGCCGAUAUUUGAGGGUCAUCAGUACACUCUGCAGUGUAAAGUCGAGGAUGUCGCUCCUGUUGAGAACCUCACUGUGACCUUCUACAAAGGACAGACAACACUGGGUCAACUACAGUCCAAAAACAAUACAGAGAAGACACCAGUGAAUGAGACCUUCACUUUAGAAAUCGUCCCCAGUAAAGAGGACAACGGAGUCCAGUACUGGUGUGAAGCAAGGCUGGAACUGGGACCUGAAGGGCCACAGCUCCCUCCAGUGGUGAAGUCACAAAAUAUAACAGCCACUGUGCUCUUUGGGCCGCAGCUUGUUUGUCCUACAAAGCUGCGGGUGAGAGAAGGAGAGCGCCUUAGCUGUGAGGUAAGAGGAAACCCUCAACCGUUAGUCACCUGGUUCAGAGAUGGGCAGGUGGUUGCCCUGCCCACUCACCCAAACAAGUGGCAUGCUGGGAAAUACACCAUCUCCGCAAACGGACAUCUUGGACAGAAAAACUUUACAGUGGAGGUGGAGGUCCUUACUGGCAGUGGAACUACAAAGAGCUGUAAUAGACAUUUCCUGUUGGCCAUCUUGCUUAUUCAGAUAAUUAACUGGCUAUAAUAUCUCCUAAGAGAACCCGACGUGAUGUGUGAGUCUCCUUUCCAUGCUUUCCAGAUGAAUGCCUCCUGCUGUCUGUCUUUUGUUCAAAUGAAUGACUUUUGCAUCAGUGUCUUAUUGCACAUCUUAAUUUGCAACACUCCAAAAAACAUUGGGGUCUUAGCAGCAGAGAAAGUUCUCUUUUUGAGAGCUUCUGCCCAGGUACAGUUUUCUUACUAAAAUGUUUUUUUAUGUAAUCUGCAGAAAAGCUAACUUUCAUAUCUCAAAGACUGAAAGCUGCUCUAGGAAUAAAUUCACAGUCUUCUUCAAUUUAAUAAUCUA